UACCACAACAUUGCAGGCUGUUGCUUGGUGAUGCUUGGCUAUAAAGCGGCUUCCUGCACUCGCAUUUCACACACAAUAUCCCCAGCCACUCCUCUCAAGUGAACAAGGGACGUCUUAAAGCUCCAAAAAUAUGCGUGAGUGUAUCUCUGUCCAUGUUGGCCAAGCCGGUGCCCAGAUAGGCAAUGCAUGCUGGGAGCUGUACUGCCUGGAGCACGGCAUCCAGCCAGAUGGUCAGAUGCCCAGUGACAAGACCAUUGGAGGAGGAGAUGACUCCUUCAACACCUUCUUCAGUGAAACCGGAGCUGGAAAACAUGUUCCCAGGGCUGUCUUUGUGGACCUGGAACCAACUGUCAUUGAUGAAGUCCGUACAGGAACCUACCGCCAGCUCUUCCACCCUGAGCAGCUCAUCACUGGAAAAGAAGAUGCAGCCAACAACUAUGCCCGAGGUCACUACACCAUCGGGAAGGAGAUCAUUGACCUGGUUCUUGACAGAAUUCGUAAACUGGCUGACCAGUGCACAGGGCUGCAAGGUUUCCUCAUCUUUCAUUCUUUUGGAGGAGGAACCGGGUCUGGUUUCACCUCUCUGCUCAUGGAGCGUCUCUCCGUUGACUACGGCAAGAAGUCAAAGCUAGAAUUUGCCAUCUAUCCAGCUCCUCAAGUGUCCACAGCCGUGGUGGAGCCCUACAACUCCAUCCUGACCACCCACACCACCCUGGAGCACUCCGACUGUGCCUUCAUGGUGGACAAUGAGGCCAUCUAUGACAUCUGCCGAAGGAACCUGGACAUUGAGCGUCCCACCUACACCAACCUCAACAGGCUGAUUGGUCAGAUUGUCUCCUCCAUCACCGCCUCCCUGCGCUUUGAUGGAGCCUUGAACGUGGACCUGACAGAGUUCCAGACCAACCUGGUGCCCUACCCUCGCAUCCACUUCCCUCUGGCCACCUAUGCCCCUGUUAUCUCAGCAGAGAAGGCCUAUCACGAGCAGCUCUCUGUGGCUGAGAUCACCAAUGCCUGCUUCGAGCCGGCCAAUCAGAUGGUGAAGUGUGACCCUCGCCAUGGAAAGUACAUGGCCUGCUGCCUUCUGUACCGUGGCGAUGUGGUACCCAAAGAUGUGAAUGCCGCUAUUGCCACCAUCAAGACGAAACGCACCAUUCAGUUUGUGGACUGGUGUCCUACAGGCUUCAAGGUGGGCAUCAACUACCAGCCCCCCACCGUGGUUCCUGGAGGAGACCUGGCCAAGGUGCAGAGAGCCGUGUGCAUGCUGAGCAACACCACCGCCAUCGCAGAGGCCUGGGCUCGACUCGACCACAAGUUCGAUCUGAUGUACGCCAAGAGGGCCUUCGUCCACUGGUAUGUGGGAGAGGGAAUGGAGGAGGGAGAGUUCUCAGAAGCCAGAGAGGACAUGGCUGCCUUGGAAAAGGAUUAUGAGGAAGUGGGAACUGACAGCAUUGGCGAUGAAGGAGAGGAAGAGGGGGAGGAGUUUUAAAGCUAAAUUAAUCAAUGAGAUCAAGUCUAAGUUUGUUUCAAACAAACUGAGCUGCACAUUCCUGUAGGUUUUAGACAAUAAUCUGACAAAAGCUGUGUUUGUAGCACAGUAAAGCCUUUUGUUGCUCCUUCAGUUCUGUGAAAUUAAAACUACUACCUAUAAACCUUUCAAAGUUGGCAGUCACCUUGACAUUUUCACUGUUGUAUAAUAUUCUUAGACCCUGGUUUCCACUCUACAAUCCUCUGUUUACAGUGACAAGAUAUCAUGUUUACCGUGUGUCUUUUUCUUGAGACAUUAAACUGACAAGUCUUUGUCUAAUUAUGCUGCACAACUCAAGCUUUAUUUGCCCUUCCUGAUAAGCUUGAAUAUCUAAAUCGUACGUAACAAAAAAACAACGACCCAGGAUUAGACCUGCUUUCCCCAUAGUGUUUGGUCUUCAUCCAUAAAGAAUAAAUGUGAGGUAAUCA